AUGGCUUAUGUUGAACCCAUGGAUGUUGAUAUAAUUGGGAGUGAUUUUGAUGACAAGGAGAACUCUUUACAAAAUAGUAAUGUGUUGCCAAGGACACCCUGCACCGAAAAGGGAUAUGAAGAGCUAGAUGUUUCAGAGCUUAAUAUGAAAUUAAGAUAUUCAAUCACACCAGCAUCAUCUCCUAUGUCUAGAAGUUAUACAGCAAAUUAUAAAGAUAACAGAAUUCUGAACCAAGAAGAUAAUCUAAAUACAACAAUUGUUAAUGAAAAUUGUAAUUUAACCCGCUCUCUCAAUUCUACAUUAACAAAAUGUGAAAUUGUUACAAAAUCACAUAAACUUCCUUUACAAGCUUUAUCAAAUGAUCAAUUUCAUGAUAAUACCAUAAGUUCUUCGAUAAGAAGAUCUUUUGAUGCUGAUAUUAAUAAUUGUACAAUAACAGUUAGCGAGCCUGAUAAUGUUGAUGAAAACUUGUCAUUGCCAAGCACUUCAUCAUCUUGUGUGCAGACACCUGAAGCAACUACACCAACAAAAGAUAUCCCAAAAGAUGAUGGAGGAUCUCCUAUUAUGAGGGGUCUUAAAAGUGUGUUGAACAUGUUUCGUUCAUCUCAAAGUCCAAUACCACCUGAAGAAAUUAACAGUAAGGAUCUUAGUUCUGUAGAACCCCUUGACAAAGAGGCUUCAUUGCCACCGACAACACUAGCAUCUACACCUAUCAAUGUUAAUAAAAAUAAAGAAAAUAAUUCUUCAAAAAGAAAUAGUCCACUAAAGGAUAGUGUAACUUUUAAUGAUGAUUUGGAAAGAGAAUUGCAAUGGAAGGAUGAGACAACAAUAAUCUUUAAACAAGAAAAAAUUCCAAUUCAUAAACUUUUUUUCCAACUACCAAAAUCAGCUGUUGAACAAACAGUUGUGGCAAAAGUAAAUGAGAAUUUCAAUACAACUGUAGAUUAUAUGGAUAUAUCAAAUAGUGAAUCUUUUGUCGUUGAUAAAACUGUGACGGAUAUUGAAAGUAAACCUGCCUCUCAAAUUGGGGAACCAUUCAGUGGUGUUGAAUCUGACAAUGAGUUUGUGGAUUGUGAAACAACUUACACUAAGAAUGAAGAACAAUCAACGCCAGGAUUGAGUGUGUCAAUUCCACUUAAUACAGAAAACAAUGAAAAGCAAGAUGUAUCUACCAAAAAGGUUGCAGAUUACGUUGAUAAAGAAAAUGAGGCUGUAAUUGAUAACUUAAAAAAAUCUACAAACAUAACUCUUGAGGAGAGUGAUAUUGAAACAAAAAUGAAAGUUGUGAAUAUUGUAAAAGAAGCUAUAAUUUCAAAUGUAAUAAGUGAAGAUAAUGUGAUUUCAGCUGCUACAUCAAAUGUAAAUAAUUGUAGUAUCAGUGACAGUGAUGAAGAUCAUGUUACGUCAGUUACACCAGUAUUGGAUGAGUUUAAAUUAAAUGUGAUAGAAAAUGACUGUACACAAUCAAAUAAAGAUGAUAUACAUUGUUUAGACUAUAAAAAUGACCCAAAUGCAGAAGUAAACAAAAAUGGCUUGGAAUUGGCUCAAGAAAAUCUGCCAAAACCAUAUGUCAAUGACAAAAAUGUUAAAUCAGAAAUUGAAGAAUACAUAAAUGAUGUAACAGCACCUUUAAAUAUAAUAACAGAUUGUCAAGAAUAUGUAACAGAAAAUAAUAGUUUUGUUGUUGAUGAUGAUAUACAGGAAACUGAUACUGAUAAAAAUUCCACACAACAUUUAGGAUUAUUAAAAGAAUGUGACAUAGAAGAUAGUGUAAAUAGAAUAAAAACAAAUCAUGACCUUGAUAAUGUAAAACAUGAAAAUAUAAAAAAUUUAAAUAAUAAUUUAAAUAUAACAGGUAAUACAACAAAUGCAAAUAAUGAGAAUAUUACAUUAGAUCCCAGUGGUGAUAGACAAGAUUUAACAUACUUUGAAGAAAAUAACUUAGUAGAUGUUAACAACAUUAAAACUGAAAAGAUAUUUGAAAUGAAUAUACAAGAAUCUAUGAAUGAAGAGUCAAAUAUGACUACCAAAAGUCAACAAAAUAUUGAUCAUAACCAUUCUAUUGGUUCCGAUCUGCAAAAACUUGAGCGCGUAGAUUUAAAACAUAACACUUAUCAUAAUACUAAAAUUGGCACUGACAUUCAUAAUGUAGAUAAGAUUAAUACUAAUAGCAACACACUAGAAAAUAAACUUGAAAAUGUUGUGGAUACAGCAGAAUUAAAAGAGUUAUUAAUGAACGAAAUAUGUGAUGUACCCUCUGACAUUCCUCUGCCACUUGAUGAUGAUAUAGAAAAAAGUGAUUCAAAAGAUGCCUUGGGAGCACAAGAUGAAAAUAUUGUCUUAGUACCAGAUGAUAGUGAUGUUGUUACUGAUAUAUUAGCAGAAAAUUCUAUUGUAGCUCCAGUAGUAAUUCAGACAAUUGAUCAUAUUUUGUCAGGCUUGCCAGUAAGUUCAACUGAUAUAGACGAAGUUACAGCGCCCAAACCAAUAUUUAGCCCACAUAAUGAAAUCAUUAAUGAAAUUCAGAUGACACAAGGUUGUAUCAAUUUGGAUAAAAGUCCAGCAAAUAUAGCCAGAGAUAAUAUUGAAGUCAGUGCUUCUAAGAAGAGUAAAAUUAACUCUGAAAGUUUUAAUUCCAUACCAAAUACAGACACUUGUAACAUAGAUAUACUAAUGAAUAUAGAUGCUUGUACUAAUAACAGCCAAUCUGUAUUUGAUGAUAAGUUAGAAAAGUCGUCAGAUAUUCAGGAGGAAAAAAUAAUUUGCCAUCCUGUGGACACAACAAACAAAACCGUAGUUGCAGAUGACGAAAUUAUUAUAUCUUCAAAUGAUAAUUUACAUGAUUCCAUUGAAAACCUAAAUAAUCAACAAGAUGUUAUUGAAUUAGAGAUUAUUGAAAACCCAUUUGAAACAAAAACUAAAUUAGACGAAUCUCCAUCAAUUUCUCCAAAGCUGGGACGAAAAGGGUAUAAUAUAAAUUUCGAUGAUAUAGAUGAUCCUUUUGCUACAAAAACUAAUAUAAGAACGUCGCCGCCUCCUCCUACUUCACCGUCUCCUCCUACUUCACCAUCUCCUCUUACGGUACCUUGCACUGAAACUCCGAAAGUAACUCCAAGGGACACUCAGAAGAAAAUUGAACAAAAGCGAGUGCAAUUACGAAAUCGACGAAAGUCACAACCUGAACGAAAGAACCAAAACCUUAUAAGGAAACCCUUUAACAACUCUUUUGAAACUGGGUUAAAGCAACAUAAAGAUGAACAAACUAUAAACAUCGAUAAACCAAGUGUUUUUGACAACGAAAUAGAAAUUAAAAAGCAAAACGUAUCAUUAAACAAGAGUAUUACUGAUGAAAUUGUAGAGUCAAAGGUUAGUGACGAUUUAAGUAUGGAAAUUUCUGCUUCAGUAGUAAAAGAAGGCCCUAGUGAGGUACUUGUAGAAUCAAAUAACGAAGUUGACUUAAGUAAUAUUGCUAAAGUCACAUCAGAAAAAGCAGAUGUAGAAUUAGAUAAAGAGUUACAUGUAUUUUCAAAAUGUGAUACUGCACCCAGAAAUGUUUUUAAUUUACCCGAAAUCGAUGAUGUACACUUCAAUCCUUUUGCUACCAAAUCGAAAAUUCGUCAAUCUCCGCCGUCAACCCCUUGCUCUCCAAAAAUGAUUAAUGAUAAAAUUGGGAGUGAAGUGCAAUCAGUAAAUGACAUCACAAUUAACAUUGAAAAUACUAAUCAAGAACAUAAACAUUUAUCACCCAAUGUAUGUAGCACAUCUUGUUCUUUGAAAAAUACUGAUGAUAAAGCAAACACAAUUCGAGAGGUUCAAACUGAAGAUGAAGAUACAAUUGAGGGGCCAUUUUUCGAAGCAGAUGAAUUGAAUGAAAUUGAUAAAAUUUCAGAUUUUCAAUCUAAUAAAGAUAUGGAGCCGUUAGAAGAUUUUCCUGCGGAAUCGGAAAAUGAUAAAAAAGAGGAACUAUUUAUUGAUGCUGAAGCAUUCGAAUUCCUUCUUAAUCAAAAUAAAACUAAUGUCGUAGCAGAUAGUGGCAAAGAAAGUCUAUUUCUUAAAUUUGAUCCACUUUUUGCUAAGCGUAUUUCCUCAGAUGGCGUUCUUUCUGCCCUUAGUAGGAUCCAAAAGAGACAAAGCACUCCGAAAAAACUUACAGCGGCAGAUAAGAUUAAUGAAACUAUUGAUACAACAUCUGCGAGUACAUCAACUAAAAAUGUAAUUGAGGAAAGUGUUGAUGAACCUACUUUUAUGGCACCAAAACCUAUGAUGGUUGUGAACCCGGCAGUUAAUUCUCUUGUAUCGCCAAGGAAGUCCACUACACCCCCUAGAAUAAAUAGGCGGUCUCUGACUUUCACUUCACCAGCUAUGGCUGUAAUUGAUAGACUGCUCUCCUUGAGCGGUAAUACGUCUCUAUUGGACCACGACGACACUGACAUCGAUCACACUCAACUAAGAGAACUUUUAGCCGAAAAAGAAAUACACGUUCUUAAUUUAAUAACAGAAACCAAAGAAUUAAAAGAAAGAUUAGCUUCAAUGGAAUCACAAGUAAGAAGUUUAGAAAAAGAAAGUGAAGAAAGACUUAAGAAAGUUAAUGAAUUAAAUAAUCGACUAGCUGAGAAAACUAAAAUGAACAAAAGUAUGUCAGUUGUGGUUGAGGAAUAUGAAAGGACGAUUGCUAGUUUAAUAGCUGAAAUGGAUCAAGAGAAAAGGCGCAAUGCCGAAGAUAGAACGAGAUUAAUUAGUGAGAGAGAUGAACAAACUGCUCAUCUCUCUAGUAUGGAGGUGUCAUUUAGCGAUUUGCACAGUAAAUACGAGAAAAGUAAGCAAAUUAUACUAAGCAUGAAAGCAAAUGAGGACACUUAUAAGAAAUCGCUUAAAGAAUUUGAAGAUAACAUAAUAAAAAUUCAGAAAAAUUACGAGCUGAUAAAACAGCACGCGACUUCGAAACUGAACCACGCUAACCAGGAGUUGGAGAAGAUUAACAGAUCGCACGAAGCCGAGGUCCUGAAGUUAAACGCUAUGUUAAAGCGCAAAGAAUUGCAUAUAACGUCCCUGGAAGAAUCGCUCACACAAAAGACCAAGGCCAAUGAGGAAUUGACGGCUAUUUGCGAUGAGCUCAUCAAUAAAGUCGGU